AUGUCUCUUGCUCUGUCUCUGUCUCUAGGUGCAAUUUACUGUCUCUGCAAAGAUGGUAUAGGAGACCAAGAGCUUCAAACAUCAAUAGACUAUGCAUGUGGAGCCUUAGCAGAUUGUAAUCCAAUCCAAGAAAAGGGUCCUUGUUAUCAACCAAACACAAUCAAAAGCCACUGUGAUUGGGCUGUUAACAGCUACUUCCAGAGAGCAGGUCAAGUCUCUGGGAGCUGCAAUUUCUCCGGUACGGCCACUACCAAUCAAAACCCUCCUUCAAAUUUGGUUACUGGUUGCAUCUAUCCUUCAAGCGCCAGCUCUGCAGGGCCGCCUCCAUCAACGACACCACCGACGGGGACGACUCCGACAAACGGAACCACUACAUUUCCGGGAACUCCGCUUCCGGGAACUCCGUCUCCAGGAACUCCGUUUCCCGGAACACCUCCUGUGUUUGGUCCAACGGGAGCCUUGAACCCAGGCAACGGUGCUUCCAGUUUAGUCACCUCCUCUGUUUUCACACUCUGUUUCUCAUCACUAGCGUUACUAUGGGGUUCUGAUGUAAGGUUGGGAUUUCGCCACGUGUAG